AUGUACGAGAUAUGCAUUUUCUAUCUGCUGCUCUUCGUGCUGGUGCUGCCUUUCUUGCUGCUUCUGCUGUCUCCUCCCCUGUCUCCUCCCCUGUCUCCUCUUCUGUCUCCCCCUCUUUAUCACCAGCAGCAGCAGCAGGAGCAGCAGCAGCAGCAGAAGAAGGAGCAGCAGCAGGAGAAGAAACAGGAUCAAGACCAGCAGCACCAACAGCAGCAGCAGCAGCAGCAGCAGCAGCAGCAGCAGCAGCAGCAGCAGCAGCAGCAGCAGGAGGAGAAAAACUGUCUCCUGAUGGAUGGAUAA